CUCUUCACUAACAAAAAGGGAAAAACCCAGAGAGAGAGAUCGUUAGGGUUUAUCGAAGACGAAGCUUCAUCUUCAAAGGUAGAGAAAUCUUAAUGGAGCUGUGUUUUCUCUAGACUCGUUUCUUGCUUGCGAUCUUUGUUAACGGUUUGAUCACCAAAAAAAAGGAAAUGGCUGAGAUCAAUCUACCACCAUUUGAAGUUGGUCAAAGUGUAGAGUUAAGAUCUUUCGAAUCGGGUUAUCGUGGAGCUUGGUUUCAAUGCAAGAUUCUGAAGAUAUUCAAGAAAGGGAGAUCACUGUACUACAAUGUGGAGUAUCUUGAUUAUCCAGGAGAAGAUAUACAUACAACAAAAGUGUUUCAGCAACGUGAAGGUGGGAGUGAGAAAUACUUAAUGAUUCGACCUGUGUUUCCAAGAAAGUUUCAUGAAAGUGAAGUCCUGAAUGAGGAGGGUAGUCGGGGAGAAGCUAUUGUUGUGCAUGAUUCUUGGAAGGUUGGUGAUUUGGUUGAUUGGUGGGAAGACUAUUGUUAUUGGUCUGGGACUGUUCUGGAAGUGAGAGACAAUGAUUCACUACAGAUUGAAUUGCUGGCACCACCAUAUGGCGAAGGGAGUAUAUACGAGGCUCUGUCUAAGGAUGUGCGUCCAUCGCUGGAAUGGUCACUUGACGAUGGUUGGACUGUGCCUUUUUCUAAGGAUGGGGAAAAGAGGCAAUGCGCUAAGCUAGUGAAACAUGUGAAUGAAGGUCAAGUGGGUGGAGCCGAAUCUAUGGGAGAAGAAAUGCAGAGACCGUCAGAUGAAGUGAGUGCAGCUGAAUCCAUGGAAGAAGAAAAGCAGAGACCGCCUGAUGAAGUGAGCGUAGCUGAAUCAAGAGAAGAAAAAAACCAGAGAUCCACAGAAAAGAUGGAAAGCAAUGAUGAUCUUCCAUUGAACAUCAUGGAAUCAGAGUCUGUAGUGGCUGCUGUCAUGGACUUGGAAGAGCUGAUUGUUCGCUUCGGGUGGCUAAAAGGCAGGCUAGCGCCUAAUUCUUCAGAAAAAACUUCCUGGGUAUAUGAGGAUUACCGUCCAUCCUCCUCAAGAAUGUGACAGGUUCUGAACAUAACAGCACUAAAAAGUUCUCCUCUGGACAGUUCUGUACAGUCUUCAGGUGGAACAUAUUGAGUAGAAGUUGUAAAUGAGCUUUAAGUCCUCAGGUGGAGAAGACUAGAAACUGAACAUAACUCUUAGUUUUUGAAAUGUCUGUCUGUUAGGGUUAUUGUGGUUUGGUUGUUGAUACUUUUUUGCAGCACUUUCCUCUAAAUUCUAAAUGACAGUUUGACACCGAGCCAGCUUUUAGCAGUAUAUCAACAUAAUCUAAAUGAUUGAAAUGUUAUAUUCA